AUGAGCAAUACUGAGCUACAGAACAAUAGAAUGAGCAAUACUGAGCUACUUAACAAUAGAGUGAGCAAUACUGAGCUACAUAACAAUAGAGUGAGCAAUACUGAGCUACAUAACAAUAGAAUGAGCAAUACUGAGCUACAUAACAAUAGAAUGAGCAAUACUGAGCUACAGAACUAUAGAGUGAGAAAUACUGAGCUACAUAACAAUAGAAUGAGCAAUACUGAGCUACAGAACAAUAGAAUGAGCAAUACUGAGCUACAUAACAAUAGAAUGAGCAAUACUGAGCUACAGAACUAUAGAAUGAGCAAUACUGAGCUACAGAACAAUAGAAUGAGCAAUGCUGAGCUACAUAACAAUAGAGUGAGCAAUACUGAGCUACAUAACAAUAGAAUGAGCAAUACUGAGCUUCAUAACAAUAGAAUGAGCAAUACUGAUCUACAGAACAAUAGAAUGAGCAAUACUGAGCUACAUAACAAUAGAAUGAGCAAUACUGAGCUACAAUAA